AUGGCCAACAAAGACGAGUUGACAAGAAUGGAGGUUUGCGAUACAAUUCAUGUGGAACAAUCUCAUCCAUCUAUUCGCGAUCCCGAAAUUCAAGUCGAUCAAACGCACGCUGAAAUAUAUCGCGAGGCUCUGCAGUUAUUUCCAGACGAUGAUUCGAUUGACAAAGCUACCGAGAGAAAACUAAGGCGGAAGCUGGAUUGGCAUAUCCUGCCACUGCUGGGAAUGUGCUAUUUCUUCUAUUAUGUCGACAAAACCACAAUGUCUUACGCUGCUAUAUUUGGCAUCAAAGAUGACUUGAAGCUUCAUGGCACGCAGUAUUCAUGGCUAUCGAGUGUUUUCUAUUUUGGGUGGUUGAUCUGGUCUAUUCCCUCUAACUUGAUCAUGCAGCGAAGCCCACCUAGCUGGUACUUGUCAAUUAACAUCUUCUUAUGGGGUGCUCUAUUGAUGUGUCAAACUGCGGCCGGUAAUUUCACAGUCCUUGUCGUGUUACGUGUCCUAUCUGGUGCUUUUGAAGCAAUCGCAGAUCCAGCAUUUAUGUUGUUUACAUCUAUGUUCUAUACGAGGGAAGAGCAACCUUCCCGUAUAUCAGCUUGGUAUGCAUGGAAUGGCAUAGGAGUGGCUGGGGGUGGUUUAAUUGGCUACGGUAUUGGUCAGAUACAGGGUACACUCCCUGCGUGGCGUUAUGAAUUUCUGAUAAUCGGGGCGCUUUGCGCCUCCUGGGGAAUCGUGCUCGCUUUCCUACUCCCAAAUUCUCCAACAACCAUCCGGAACUUCACGCACCAAGAGAGACUUAUGCUUAUUGCACGAAUGCGCCAUAAUCAGACUGGGGUAGAACACCACAAGGUGGAAUGGUAUCAAAUCAAAGAAGCUUUACUGGAUUACAAAACUUGGCUUUUCAUGUUGAUGGGAUUUGUUUCCGCGGUGCCGAACGGCGGUAUAUCCAACUUUUCCACGUUGGUUAUUAAAGGUUUAGGCUUUGACACUUUACACACAGCAUUGCUUGGCAUACCCCAAGGAGUACUCGUCUCUAUUUGGAUUGGGCUAGGAGCCCUGGCAAAUCAUUACAUGCCGCCAAACAGCCGCACUCUGGUUUGCGCUGCCUUCAUGUUGCCAACCAUUGCUGGUGCAUUGGGCUUCUUGCUUGCGCCUGCAGAUGCUUAUGUCGGACGGUUGAUAUGCUUCUACCUCACCGGGUCAUACCAAGCGUCCUUUGUCAUUUGUUUAUCCCUAAUAACGAGUAACACUGGAGGCCACUCGAAGAAGAUGAUAGUGUCAGGUAUCAUAUGGUUUGGAUCUUGUAUAGGAAGUAUCUCCAGUCCCUUUUUCUAUAAAACUUCUCAGGCCCCUACCUACCAUCUAGGUAUUGGGUCUUUGCUAGUUUCAAACGUUAUCGAGCUCGCCCUGUUCUUUGUUUUACGUUCUGCGUUCAAGUGGGAGAACCGACAGAAGGAGAAGAAACGUGCCACUCUUCAGGAUACUGGUGACAUCAAAAAUAGUCGUGAAGCCCUGAAUAUUACAGCAUUUCAGAAUCUCACAGACAAGGAAAACCCAAACUUUGUUUAUUGUUAUUGA